GGGAGACUAUGAGAGGCAGGCUUCGGGACUUCGCUUCAUGUACAGUGUCUUUUUCCAACUUUUCAAUGUUUUUUUUUAUGAAGAUCAAUAACAGUGUUUUAACGACUUGCGUUCCUCUUCGAUUCUACAUUUUUUUCUACAUUUUCAGUAUCUUCAGUAAAUUACUGGAGUUUAGCGUAUAUAUAUUUUUUCGGCAACCGCGGGAAGUAUUUCGUUUCAGAAUUGUUAUAAAUUUCAGACGUGGUACUCGGGAAAAGAGACAACUUUUUUGGAAGGUGGCAGGAAGCAAACUGGUUUUAGAUGCGUAACAACUUAAGCGGGCAAUAGACAUGUGAAUACGUCGGCUGCAGAAAUGACACGUGAUUUCUACUGCUAAUUAAUUAACUAGUUAUAACAUGCUAUCUAAAUCAUUUCAACGGUUCCAUUGGAUUAGCUAAUUAAACAUGUCAAAAGUCCGGAAUGCUCCGUUGUCAACUUUAUUGUGGCAUUUUUGUCGAGAUUUAGUCGCUACAGAGUUUAUGAAAGUUACUAUAGCAUUUCCGUCGUUGUUAACUGUAUGUUCGACUGUCAUCUUGGAAUCAGUCUUAUCAACAUCAAUUUGACUGUUCAUCUCGGUUUCUGAAGUUCAACAAACCUUGAAACCUAUAAGUAUACAGUGCGGUUGGGAUAGCCUACAUUCACACAUCCAGCGUAAAGAAGAGUUGCUUUAGAGAUACUUGUUGCAUCUAGAGUCCGUCAGCGAGAUUUUACCAUUUUCUUUCUUGCACUGGAAAUGUGACAGGGAAUACCGGUAAAUUGGAUACAUUUUUAAAACCAGACGUUACUGUAGCAUGUUUAUAGUGGGUUGGUCACAUAAUUAAUUAUCAACAUUGUUGCAAAAGGUUUUUUGAAAUAUUGCCAGUGGUGGAAUAUUACAAGAGCCGGUGUUUUGGAAGUGUCCGGACUGAACCGACUGACAACUUCAACCUGCACGUUGAAAAUUAGAACUGGGCUACUGUUUAUCUCCUGUAAGGACUGGAGAUCGUGUUGUAUGUGAAAAGUGAAAUCAAUAACUUUUUCAACUGUAACAAACUUUUAAAGCGGGGUAAGAAUUAACCAGAAAUCCACAAGAAAUGCAUCCACAAAGACAACAUGGCAGUCAGUGAGGCUUAAAACGUUGGAUUUAACCCUGUUUUUCGAAUAGUUUUCACGGGUUUGUACAUUUUAGAACCCACAAAGAGGAGGACCGUUGCUGGGCCAUAUAUUUAUUGUCCUGAAUCAACUCCGGUUGUUGCCAGCUUUGAAGUCCACGAUGUGCGGCCGGAGCCCGCCGCUGCAGCCGAUCCAAUGACCGUUCCCCAGCGGCGAUUGGCCGGGCUCUGGCCGUGGCUGCUCAUAGCGGCCCUGCAGGUGGUGUUCGGCCAGACGGGCCUGGAGCUGGCGGCGGCCGUAGAAACGGAGCGCUCGGCCCCCAGGGCUGUCAUCAAGGUGACACUGCUGAGACACGAGCCCACGGGGAAGCCCAUCACUCUGGAAGGGCUGUUCGUCGGAGGGAGCGCCGGCUCUGCAGAGGGGAAGCUCAUGCAGUCUCACCCUCUGUCCCUGUGCAACACCAGUGAAGAUGAGCGCCAGGAGUCUGACUUCAUCAGCAUCGUCAAGCUGGAGAGCCCGGAGCGCAAGGUGCCUCAGUGUCUGCCCCUGCUCAAGAAGGCUCGCCUGGCACUGGAGAGAGGUGCUCAGGCUGUCAUCUUCGAUGUCACCGACGACAAAGACGCUGCUCUCGAGCUGCAUGAGUCUGACUCCCUGCCGCUUCCGGUGGUGCUGGUGAAGGCUGAGGAUGCUGAGGAGCUGAUGGGACUGGUUAACAAGAACGAGGAGGCUAGAGUCCGUAUCGACAUCAAAAAAGAGGACCCAAAAUGGCCCCACUAUGAUGUUGGUAUCUUGCUUACUAUAGUCCUGGCUAUUCUGGCCAUCGUUUUGAUCUUUGCCUUCCGGUACCGAUGCAAGUCCAACAGAACCUGGGACUCAGUCCAUCAGCAGACCAUGCGAGCCAUCAGUCGUCUGGAGACGCGAAUGUACAGCUCUCAGGGCUGCGGGGGCUCACAGCGCCACCGUGGGGGCUGGGGGUCUAAUAACAGCUCCAACUCCAGCCCCGUCUGUGCCAUCUGUCUGGAGGAGUUCCUGGAUGGACAGGACCUGAGGAUCAUCUCGUGUGCUCAUGAGUUCCAUAAGGAGUGUGUGGACCCCUGGUUGCUGCAGCACCGCACCUGUCCUCUCUGCAUGCACAACAUCAUGGGUACAGAGCUGUCACGUCAGCCCCAGAGGAGCAGACUGCAGCAGACCCCCGAGCACAGCCAGGGUUUCCUGCACCCCCACCCCUACCCACACGCCUUCCCCCAGCAUCCCAUCCCCUUCUCCAUGAGGCCUCACUACCCCCGUGGCCCCUCCGGCCCCUACCCCUCCCUGAGCCACUACAGCAGCUCCCCACCCCUGGACCCCCAGACCCUCCGCUUCCUCCCUAGCUGGCCUCUUGGCUCCGGUUGUGGAUACAUCCACCCUACAGAGGGCCCCGGGAGGCCUCACAAGGCCGGGAGCAGCUGCAGGACUGCAGGUCACCCUCUGGGGUCCCACUACGGCCCCGGGUCCCACCGCUCCUGCCACGCCUACCGCUCCGGCUGCCCUGCCCAGCGCAGCAACUCCAGUUCCAGGCUCCACCACACCCCCUCCUUUUCUCCCCGCGCCUCCGAAGGGGGAGCCCAUAGCCGGGGGGCCGAGGGAGGCAGCUGCUCUGGGGGGAGCUACCGGACGGAGCGCAGUGGCUACCUGGCAGACGGGCCGGCCAGUGACUCCAGCUCUGGCCCCUGUCACGGUUCAUCCAGUGACUCGGUGCUCAACUGUACCGACGUGUCCCUGCAGGGUGUGUAUGGUAGCUGGUCCACAUUCCGCAGCUCCCUGAGCAGUGACUAUGAUCCGUUUGUGUACUACGGGCCGGGUUUGGGACGGACAGGCCGCAGGGACAGCAUGGAGGCAGGGGCCCAGAGACCAAGGUCCCUGGACUCAGUGAUGAACAGAGACAGAGGACGAGGGAGCCCUGAGGAGCAGCCGCAGGCUGUGUUUAGCCACGUCCACUACCACCGCCACAGACACCACCACUACGGAGAGGACGGGGAGCGGGAGCACGCCCAGGGACAGGGGCCAGGCAGGGGGUCAGACGAGGAGCAGGGGGCUGCUGUUGCUAUUGGCUCUGGUACUGGUUCUCCCCCGGCUCUGGACAAGGACUUCCCAGUGUGCCCUCUGAAGCACAGCCCCUGUCAGUGCCCUAAGGCAGAACACACAGACAGUAGGGAGGUCCACGGCCACGGGAUAGAGGGUCAGGACCAUGAGCUUAGCCUCAGCCCCCCGUCAGGCCCCCCUCCUGCCCUGGUAGCACCAGCACCCUUAGCAGCCCCAGCCCCCUGCUGCCACCAGGACCACGGCCGUGGAGGCCACCCCCACCGGAGGGCAGACCGGCUCGGCGGCUGCGUCCUCGACGGCCCCUCGGUGCUCUUCCACCAGAGCCUAGAACUGCAGGAUGACUGUAGCAUCCACAUUCACUACGGCCAGGGCCCCAGCUACUGCUGCCCCCCGCCUGACCUGCCCAUGCCUGUGCCUUUCAUUCUGGACUCUGGGGGUAUGGGGGCCCUAGGGGGCCUAGAGGACUGGCCCUGCUGUGGAGGGCCCCACCAUGUAGUGUGGCAGAAGCGGGUGCAGCAGGCCCACUCUGAGCCCCAGUUGCUGGGGCCAGGGCUGGGGGGCCCUAUGGACAGACCCCCGCCCCCAUGCAGCAGGCGUCACCACGGUCACCAAAGCCCAGCGCACGACCGCAACACAGACUUUUGUUUAUACUGCCAAACAUUACACAACAAUCAGGGAUCAGAGGAGGAGUCCGGUGUGUGAUAACUAACUAACUCGAGAGGUGCAUCCCCAAACUCACGCUGCUACGUACACAGGAGCCGGAAUGGACAAACACGUCAUCGGCGGCCAUCUUUCUCAAGUCUUCAAAAUAAUUCCACAUGAAAUACAUGCAUUCAAACUACACUUCCCAGAAUCCCCCAGUCAGUGCUGAGUUACAUCUGUCAACAGAGAUCAAAAUUAGUUAGAUUAUGAUUAUUUUGAACAUUUGUUUCUUUUGACCAUCAAAUCAAUGAAAACACAAGUCAAGUAGAGACCUGAAAUUGCUCAUAUUCGUUGUUGAAUUCAAGUAUGCCAAUGUGUUUGAUUUAGACUUUUCUUGUCGCUAAGUGGUGUACUUGUUUCAAGAUGGAGACUGACUGGGAGAUGCUGGGAAAACAACUCCUACAUCACAAAGGGGAAAUUUGUUUUAUUCUCUUCUGCCUUGUUGUUUUGUUUUGUAAAUUACACAAAGAAUUAAAUACCGACAUGAUAUUACAAGUUCCCAGUUUGCCUUAGUGACCACUAGGAAUUAUCACUGCUCAGGACUUGAGCCUUGAUUCACAGUACGAAACUCCCCUACUGUUUCUCUCAGUAUAAAUCACAUGGACAAAUUGGAUAUCUAAUUCCUUGAGUGGUUAAGCACUUAAUCGAUUAUAUUAUGAGGUACUACUCAGUAAUACUUGAUUUUCCCUCAUUAUCCCCAUAGAUGCUCCGUUGGCGGUUUCUUUCUCUUUCCAGCCUGCCUCAAAUCAGAUUCAGAAAUGUGUUCCAGUGGCGUAGGUAUCGCAAAGGUACUCAGAGCUACAGAAAAGAGCCUAGAAGCUUCUCUCUGGGCAACCUGCCCCAUUGGGGGAAAACAGUUAUCUUCUUAGCCGGCCUUACAAGUAGUGUGCAUCCUGAGAGGUCACUAGUGGCUAGCAUGUUGACUUGUGUUGGUUAAUUCAAUAAUGGCAGCUGCUUCCAUCACAUUUUGUUUGCUUUGUGUUUCGGUAAAAAAAAUGUAGUCUGUAAUUUUGAACCAAAUUCACUGAAAUGUGUUAUUAUUACAAGCUAUUUUAGUUUUGCUCAUGUCAUUUCUCAUGUUGCCAGUGGUUACUUAUUAUGUUUGAUCUGAGUGCUGAUUUUGUGGCCAGUGAAGGAGGGAUGGGUCCACCAGACAGACCUGGGUUCAGACUGUAUUUGACUUCUUUCAAAUACUGUAGCUGUGCUUGAAUAAGCUUGCCUGGCUCAAUGGGACAAAUGUAAUCAUCCCAAAAUCAUCCCAAAAGUGCAAACCCCACCCAUAUGGCAUGUACUCUAAAAUAUGCAAAUGCUCCAUGUAUGUGAACAAUUUCAAAUACUAUUUGAACCCUGGUAGGUCUGCCUCCAGAAAAUCUCACAGUGUGAGUGAAACUUCGCUCAGCUCAGGAAGGACAUCCGCCAUGUCUCCUGCUCUUCACCCCUGACCUCUAACCACAUGUCCUAGUACAUGACCCAAUCAAUCUCUCCCUUCCAUUUCCCAAAUACCAGCAGCUAAAGCUCAGCAAGGGUGCUCUUUAUCUUGGAACAUUACAGCAAAAUAUUGUAUACAGUGCAUUCGGAAAGUAUUCAGACCCCUUGACUUUUUCCACAUUUUAUUAUGUUACAGCCUUAUUCUAAAAUUGAUUAAAUAACAAUUGUUCCUCAUCAAUCUACACAUAAUACCCCAUAAUAACAAAGCAAACACAGGUGUUUAGAAAUCUUUGCAAAUAUAUUAAAAAUAAAACAGAAAUACCUAAUUUACAUAAGUAUUCAGACCCUGUGCUAUGAGACUGGGGGCUUGUGAGUGGCACAGCGGUCUAAGGCACUGCAUUUCAGUUCUUAAGGAGUCACAACAGACACCCUGGUUCGAAUUCAGGCUGUAUCACAACCGACCGUGAUUGGGAGCACAAUUGGCCCAGCGUCGUCCGGGUAUGUCCAGUGUAGGACGUCAUUGUAAAAUUAGAAUUUGUUCUUAACUGACUUGCCUAGUUAAAUAAAGGUAAAAUAAAAAUACUCAAAAUUGAGCUCAGGUGCAUCCUGUUUCCAUUGAUCAUCCUUGAGAUGUUUCUACAACUUGAAUGGAGUCCACCUGGGGUAAAUUCAAUUGAUUGGCCAUGAUUUGGAAAGGCACACACCUGUCUAUAUUAGGUCCCACAGUUGACAGUGCAUGUCAGAGCGAAAAAACAGGCGCAGGGAUUGUCUGUAGACAGGAUUGUGUCGAGGCACAGAUCUGGGGAAGGCUACCAAAAAAGGUCUGCAGCAUUGAAGGCAUCCAAGAACACAGUGGCCUCCAUCAUUCUUAAAUGGAAUAAGUUUAGGACAACCAAGGCUCUUCCUAAUGCUGGCCAAACUGAGUAAUCGGGGAAGAAGGACCUUGGUGAGGGAGGUGACCAAAAACCUGAUGGUCUCUCUGACAGAGCUCCAGAGUUCCUGCAGCACUCCACCAAUCAGACCUUUAUGGUAGAGUGGUCAGACGGAAGCCACUCCUCAAUAAAAGACACGACAACCCGCUUGGAGUUUGCCAAAAGGCACCUAAAGGAUUCUCAGACCAUGAGAAACAAGUUUCUCUGGUCUGAUCAAAUCAAGAUUGAACUCUUUGUCCUGAAUGCCAGGCGUCCCGCCUGGAGGAAACCUGGCACCAUCCCUAGGGUGAAGCAUGGUGGUGGCAGCAUCAUGCUGUGGGAUGUUUUUCAGCGGCAGGGACUGGGAGACUGCUCAGUAGUCGGAGCAAAGUACAGAGAGAUCCUUGAUGAAAACCUGCUCCUGAGCGCUAAGGACCUCAGACUUGCGAAGGUUCACCUUCAAACAGGACAAUGACCCUAAGCACACAGCCAAGACAAUGCAGGAAUGGCUUCGGGACAAGUCUCUAAAUGUCCUUGAGUGGCCCAGCCAGAGCCCGAACUUGAACCCAAUCGAAUAACUCUGGAGAGACCUGAAAAUAGCUGUGCAGUGAUGCUCCCCAUCCAACUUGACAGAGCUUGAGAGGAUCUGCAGAGAAGAACGGGAGAAACUCCCCAAAUACAGGUGUGCCAAGCUUGUCGCGUCACACCCAAGAAGACUCGAGGUGUCACACCCUGAUCUGUUUCACCUGCCUUGUGCUUGUCUCCACCCCCCACCUGGUGUCUCCUGUUUGUCCCCAUUAUCUCCUGUGUAUUUAUACCUGCGUUUUCUGUUUGUCUGUGGCCAGUUUGUACUACCAGGGCUCAGGCUAAGACCCAGAUGCAGACACAGGAUACAUAUAGUCAUACAUAUAGAUACAUAUGAGUCUCAGAGUUUAUUAUAGUACAAGUGUAACGGAUGUGAAACGGCUAGCUUAGUUAGCGGUGUGCGCUAAAUAGCGUUUCAAUCGGUGACGUCACUUGCUCUGAGACCUUGAAGUAGUAGUUCCCCUUGCUCUGCAAGGGCCGCGGCUAUUGUGGAGCGAUGGGUAACGACGCUUCGAGGGUGACUGUUGUUGAUGUGUGUAGAAGGUCCCUGGUAUGGGCGAGGGGACGGUCUAAAAUUCUACUGUUACACAAGGGGCAGGCAAAAUGGAAGUCAAGGCAGGCAAAGGGUCGUAAUCCAAAAAGUCAAGGGGUCUGAAUACUAUCCGUAUGCACUGUACAUAAUUACUAUGUAAUUGGAGGAAAGUCAUAAUAAUUCAUAAUUCAUUCAACUUUGGGAACAUACAUUAUUCACUACCUUGUAAAAAGAAAUAUUGAUUCAACGUACAAUUAUAAGGCAACCAGCUUCAAUAGGAUUGUGAGUUUGCUCAACCAAAAUUGUAUUGAGCAAACUCAACAAAAAUUUGGUUGGAAUUUUAUGGAGAAAACUCACAAUCCUAUCGCUGCUGGUAUCCUUACAAUUGUACGUUGAAUCAGCAUAUAUAUUUUUUUUUUCACAGUGUACCAAACAUUGACUUAACAAAGCUGUUGCCUUUUAUGAACUUAAGUUAACUUAAAUGAAAGCCUGGUGAAACAUCCUAGAAAAAAACCCUGGGAGAAAGAAAAGUCUUGAAAUGUGUGUAGUUAUAUCCCCCAAUAUAUUUUAUUUCUUAGUGAAAAUGUGAAAGGAGACUGCAUUAAGUAAAUAUGGAGCAUUAGUAUUUAAUGGAAUAAACCUAUUGAUCCCCAGACUAUUUUCGAAAGAGCUGGAAGCACUUAAACAACCUUGUCUGAUCUAGUAACACUCUGAAUUUGUAAUUGAGAUAAGUCUGUCUAUGCUAUUUACUUCAAUUGUGCCUUCUGGAUUCACUUUUCAAAGGGGUUAGUUGUGGGAUCUGCAUUCACUACUUCCUGUCAAUGGGUUUAUUAUGAUAAAAGUUUAUUAUGAUAUAAGAUCAGCAAAUUACCUAAUACAUUAAAACUCUUGUUAUUUUACCAAAGAAACACAGUUUUGAAUGCAAUCAACCUGUUGCCUUUUAUUCCUACUCCAUCAAACUUAAACCCAAGUAAAUGCGUUUUACCUAACAAGAGAAAUCUGAAAAUGGAAUUGUAUGCAGUCAAACAGUGGAAAAUCAUAGAUUACAGCCCCAUAUAUAUCGAUACCUCGUUUCUAAUGUUUUUUGGAGACAGCUUCUCUUGCUAAUACUCCAGGUUGUGUUUCUGUUAUAUAUAUUUGUGUAGAGAACAGUCCUAUAUAGCCUGGUUAAACCAGACUGAACACUGCACUCACCAUUGUUUCCCUUGAAACAACAGUGAAACAUUGCAAAACCUGUCUGGAUUCCAGGCUACAGUUCCCUAGCCUUAGCUGAAAUGACUAAAUCACAACCAACCAGCACUGGAGUCCACAACCAACCAAUAUUUUUCAGUAAAAACUGAAAGCAAGGCAAAUCAAGGCACUAUAACUAUGCCAAUGACCAGAACAAGGAAAUAUAAAACUUAAAUUAAUCAAACAUCUCUGAAAUGUUUGGGGCGAUUUUAUUAUCCUCUUUAGGGUUGUUUUUUGUUUGUGUUCAUUGUUUUGUUUUUUAAAGCAUAAUGAGCUGAAACUGCCUUUUUUCUAAUAGAGCACAAUCCCGAUAGAAAUUGAAGGGAUCUGUCAGUAUAUUUUGGAUACUUUGUGUACAAAAAGAGAAAUACAAAAACAGAAAUUAAAUAAAGUGUUGUAUUUUAUAUAUAAUAGAACAUUUCAAUAUGGUGAUAUGUCACUAAUAUAUUUAUUUACUAAUAUAUUUAUCCAUUUUUGUCCAGGUCCUGAAAAAGAAUGCAUGGUUUCUGUAUAGAAACGAUAUCUAUAUGAAACUAAGUGCCAUCACAGAUGUAUCAACAUGGCUUCAUUCCAAUUAUAUGCAAAUAAAUUAUUUUGAAAUAAAA